GUUAAAUUUAUGCAAAAAAGCAAAUUACAAAAAUAUCAGUGAAACAACAUGCUUUGCCUACAAAUUUCAUGAUCUUAUAUAAAUUUUUACAGAAUAUCUAUGGGAUACUAAACAUAGUUAUCAGUAAUUUUGUAAUAUGUUCUUAAUUUUGUCUUUGCUUGCAAGAUCUCUGUAAACACACAAACAGCGUUGAUGACCUACUUUUGAUUUUAGUGUUGAUAUUUCAAUUAGACUUUAGAGGCAGCUUAUAAGAUAACAAUAACCAUGAGUGCCAUAUCAAUAGUUAAGCUAGAUGACAGCAAUACCCAGCCCAUCACAAUUGAAGAGGGAAAAACAGUCAUUGGACGGGGUGCAUUUCUGCAGGUUACAGACAAGCGGGUGUCCAGAAAUCAUGGGGUACUGGAGGUUUCUGAUGGGAAACUUUAUCUCACACCGACACAUACCAACCCCUGCUUUUUCAAGAAGACACCUAAGGGUAGCGUAGAGAUAAUGAAAAAGGAUGAGAGGCGAUUGCUGGAAAAUGGACACAUCUUUGGUCUCCUCCCUGAUAGCCUUUAUUUUAAAGUUUCCUGCCCUGUGACAGAGAAUGGUACAACCAAAAGCAAGCCCAAUAAGAAGAGUGAACCAAAAGAAAUUGUAGAGGAGGAAACUUCCAUGAUAACAAACAAGUGGAAUGGUAUAGUGAAGCCAGAGGGUGGUCUAGAUAUGACCCUACCCUUGCAGAAGAAGCGAAAGCUGCCAGACUGGAUGAUGCAGAUGGCAAAGUCAUCACCAAUGAAAAACUCUUCUAAACCUCAUGCUAGAAAAGUCAGCACUUCCCAACCAAGCACAAAGAAGGCAGCCAGGAAAAAGAAGACUGAGAGUGAAGAUGACGAAGACUUUGAAAUGGAAGCCGAGGAAGAAGAAGAAGAGGUGGUUACAACAACUAAACGAGGUCGAACUGUGAAGCGAAAGAGUUAUGCAGGCAGUGAUGAUGAUGACGAUGAUGAUGAUUGGGAGGUAGAAGAGUUCAAGCCUAAGAAAAGAUCACCAGCGAAAAAGGCUACCCCGAAAGCCAAGCCCAAGCCUCGGGCGCGGAAAAAGGCCGUCUCGAGUGAAGAGGAAGAGUUGGAGGAAGAGGAGGAAAUAAAGCCAAAGAAAGAACGGAAAGGUGCAGGUGACAUUACACCUGGCACUUCAAGAGCUAACAGAGCAGCCCGAGAAAAGCGGAAAAGUUAUGUGGAUGAUUUCAUGGACUUCUCGGACGAGGACGUGCCCAAGGAGUCCAUGGAGAAGGACGAGGACAGUGACUUUGUGAUGAGCGCUAGUGAAGAGGAGGAGGAGGACUCUGGGAGUGAUUGGGAGGAGGAAAUCAAAUCAGCAUCGCAGAAAAAGUCCAAACCGCAAGGUAGCCGGAGAUCAUCUCGUACUGUUGGCAAACGGAAACGUUAUGCGGACUCUGACGAGGACCUUGAAUCGUCAGAGGAUGAAUAUGUCCCAAGGUCAUCCAAGAAACGGAGAGCCGCCAUUCCGCCUGCCAAACGUGGUCGUCGUGGAGCCCGACGGAAACGCACAAGUAGCGACGAUGAAGAGGAAUCGAGCUCAGACGAUUAUGUUGCGCCCAAAAGAGACCCUAAAACUAAGCGACCUAAAAAGGGUUCUGUUUCGGAGGAAGAGGAUGAAGAAUUAGAAGAAGAGGAAGAAGAAGUUACCCCCAAGAAGAAGCGUGGAAGAGGGAAAGCUGCGAAGGAGGAGGAAAGUUCUGAUGAGGAUGAUGUUGAUGGUGAUGAUGAUGAUGACGACAAAUCGUCUGGAAAAGGUCGGGAUAAAGUUGAGAAAGUCAGGCAAUUAAAGAGUAAACACAGACCACCAUGUAUGUUCGGCAAGAAAUGUUACAGGAAGAACCCAGAGCACUUUGCAGAGUUCAGCCAUCCCGGGGACGUCAGCUAUGAUGAACAGUCGGACCUGGAAGACGACGAUAUCCCAGACUGUCCGUAUGGGUCCACUUGCUAUAGAACGAAUACCAGCCACUUAAAGCAAUACAGACAUCAUACAAACGACAAAGAAGAAAGGACCCCUAACGAGAAAAAAGAAAAUGAUGAAGUUGCAGAGGAGAAGAAAAAUAAAAAGAGGGUAAAUGACGAUGACGAUGGUGAGACAGGUCCUAACACCUACGAUUAUAAAGACAGUUUUAUUAACGACAAGAGUCAGACCCAAGAGAAUGAUGAUAGUGUAGACGAAUCAGGAGAAGAAGACGAGGAAGAGGAAGAAGAGGAUAUAGAAGCUUUGAAAAAGGAGGCAAAAAAGUUUGUGAAGAAUGAUAAACUUACAAAACCUGUGUGAACUCAGGUUGGUUAAGUAAAUUUUUAUGUUCAUUGUGAGGAAAGGUAGUGUUGACAUUUAUCAAAUGGUUUGAUUUUAUGUUUUGAAUGUAGGUGAAAGUAAUUGGUUUGACCUUUUUCAGUUUUUGGGAGAUGAGAUCAGUAACAACUUAUCAGUUCUUGCUUUUUUGGUAUUUAAGUGUAUUUGAUGUGUUUAAAAAUGUAGAAAUUUUAUGGUAACUAUGUCAAGCUGGAGUAAUAUACAAAUGUUCCAUUUAUUUGUGAAUAUAACAUUAACUCUUCCAAUGAUCUCUUGUUUUGUAACUCAUAAAUACAUGUUAAAUUUAAGUUGAUUAACAAGUGGUAAAUGAUUUUCAGAAGAAUUCUUUUUACAUUUCAUCAAUGUAGUAAGUUAUCUUUAAGUUUCCGAUAAUCAACAUGUAUAAGUCAAACCUUUUUUGAACUUGUAAAGAAGACAACAUUUUUAUUGAAAAGCUUUUUAAAGCAUUAAUUCUAUCACAUUGUUUCAUAUACAGUGAGAAGUUUCAUGCAUUGUACAAUUUAUGCAUUUUCAUUUUUGUAAUGCCAUGUUCAUUUUGUUGUCGAUCAUUUGAUGGAUGCAGGUCUUUUUAAAGCCAUUUUUGUAAAUAUAAACAUUUAUUUCAUUCAGAAAGUAUGUGGGCAAUUUUACAUGCAGAUAUAUAUGCUUUUAAGUUUUAUUGUGUCUACAAAUAUUUAGGUUUUUCCCAAAUCUUUGUGAAUACUGUAGUCCUUUUUAGCUCACCUUAACACAACGUGCUCAUGGUGAGCUUUUGUGAUCACCUUUUGUGUGUUGUGCGGCGUCAACAUUUGCCGUGUUAACUCUCUAGAGGCCACAUUUUUUGUCCAAUCUUCAUGCAAUUUGGUCAAAAGAUUGGUCUCAAUCAUAUCUUGGAUGAGUUCGAAAAUGGUUGCACUUGCUUGAAAAACAUGGCUGCCAUGGGGCUGGGCAUUUUUCCUAAUAUGGCUAUAGUUAAAUCUUGUUAACACUCUAGAGGCCACAUUUAUUGUCUGAUCUUCAUGAAACUUGGUCAGAAGAUUCAUCCCAAUAAUAUCUUGGACAAGUUCGAAAAUGAUUCCGGUUGGUUGAAAAACAUGGCCGCCAGGGGGCAGGGCAUUUUUAUGUCCCCCACCCACUAUAGUGGGAUACAUAUUGUUUUUGCCCUGUCUGUUGGUCUGUACGUUGGUCUGUUUGCUCCAACUUUAACAUUUGCAAUAACUUUUUCAAUAUUAAGAUAUCAACUUGAUAUUUGGCAUGCAUGUGUAUCUCAUGGAGCUGCACAUUUUGAGUGGUGAAAGGUCAAAGUCAUCCUUCAAGGUCAGAGGUCAAAUAUAUGUGGCCAAUAUUGCUCAUUUUAUGAAUACUUUUGCAAUAUUGAAGAUAGCAACUUGAUAUUUGGCAUGCAUGUGUAUCUCAUGGAGCCGCACAUUUUGAGUGGUGAAAGGUCAAGGUCAUCCUUCAAGGUCAGAGGUCAAAUAUAUGUGGCCAAAAUCGCUCAUUUUAUGAAUACUUUGGCAAUAUUGAAGAUACCAACUUGAUAUUUGGCAUGCAUGUGUAUCUCAUGGGGCCGCACAGUUUGAGUGGUGAAAGGUCAAGGUAAUCCUUCAAGGUCAGAGUUCAUGUAUAUGUGGCCAAAAUCGCUCAUUUUAUGAAUACUUUGGCAAUAUUGAAGAUACCAACUUGAUAUUUGGCAUGCAUGUGUAUCUCAUGGAGCCGCACAUUUUGAGUGGUGAAAGGUCAAGGUCAUCCUUCAAGGUCAAAGGUCAAACAAAAAACACAAAAAAAUCAAAGCGGCGCAGAAGGGGACAUAGUGUUUCUGACAAACACAUUUUUCAAUAUUAAAAAUAGCAACUUGAUAUUUGGCAUGCAUGUGUAUCUUAUGAAGCUGCACAUUUUGAGUGGUGGAAAUUCAAGGUCAAGGUCAUCCUUCAAGGUAAAAAAAAAAAAUUGUUUAAAAGCGGCGUUCUCAUGAAGCUGCAUAUUUUGAGUGGUGGAAGUUCAAGGUCAAGGUCAUAUUUCAAGGUCAAGGUCAUCCUUCAAGGUCAAAGGUCAAAAAAAAUAUUCAAAGCGGCUUUCUCAUGAAGCUGCAAAUUUUGAGUGGUGGAAGGUCAAGGUCAUCCUUCAAGGUCAAAGGUCUUUUUUUUUUUAAUUCAAUGGGGCAUUCUCAUGAAUCUGCACAUUUUGAGUGAUGGAAGGUCAAGGUCAUCCUUCAAGGUCAAGGUCAUCCUUCAAGGUCAAAGGAAAAAAAAACAACAUUUUUUUUUCAAAGCGGCGUUCUCACGAAGCUGCACAUUUUGAGUGGUGGAAGUUCAAGGUCAAGGUCAUCCUUCAAGGUCAAAGGUCAAUUUUAUUCAUUUUAAAUCUUGUUAACACUCUAGAGGCCACAUUUAUUGUCCAAUCUUCAUGAAAUUUGGUCAGAAGAUUCAUUCCAAUAAUAUCUUGGAUGAGUUCGAAAAUAAUGCCGGUUGGUUAAAAAACAUGGUCGCCAGGGGGCAGGGCAUUUUUCCUUAUAUGGCUAUAGUAAAACCUUGUAAAUAAUCUAGAGGCCACAUUUUUCAGAUCUUCAUGAAACUUGGUCAGAAGAUUUGUCCCAAUGAUAUCUUGGAUGAGUUGGAAAAUUGUUUUGCUUUCUUUAAAAACAUGGCCAUCAGGGGGCAGGGCAUUUUUUCUAAUAAGGCUAUAUAUGGCUUUUGUAAAAUAUUGUUAAAACUCUAGAGGCCACAUUUAUUGUCCAGUCUUCAUGAAAUUUGGUCAGAAGAUUUGUCUUAUUUAUAUCUUGGAAUUGUUCGAAAAUGAUUACGUUUGCUUGAAAAACAUUGCUGCCAACGGGCGGGGCAUUUUUCCUUAUAUGGCUAAAUAUGGCUAUAGUAAAAUCUUGUUAACACUCUAGAGGCCACAUUUAUAGUCCAAUCUUCAUGAAACUCGGUCAGAAGAAUCAUCCCAAUAAUAUCUUUGACGAGUUCAAAAAUGAUACCGAUUGGUUGAAAAACAUGGCCACCACGGGGGCGGGGCAUUUUUCCUUAUAUGGCUAUAGUAAAACCUUGUUAACACUCUAGAGGUCAGAAGAUUUGUCCCAAUGAUAUCUUGGAUGAGUUCGAAAAUGGUUUUGGUUGCUUUCAAAACAUGGCCACCAGGGGCGGGGCAUUUUUCCUUAUAUGGCUAUAGUAAAACCUUGUUAACACUCUCAAGGCCACAUUCAUUGUCAGAUCUUCAUGAAAUUUGGUCGGAAGAUUGGUCUCAAAAAUAUCUCGGAUGAGUUCAAAAAUAAUUGUUUGCUUGAAAAACAUCGCUUCCAAGGGGCGGGGCAUUUUUCCUUAUAUGGCUAUAGUAAAAUCUUGUUAACACACUAUAGGCCACAUUUACUGUCCAAUCUUCAUGAAACUUGGUAAGAACAUUCAUCCCAAUAAUAUCUUGGACGAGUUCAGAAAUGAUGCCGGUUGGUUGAAAAAACAUGGCUGCCAGGGGGCGGGGCUUUUUUCCUUGUAUGGCUAUAGUAAUACCUUGUUAACACUCUAGAGGCCACAUUUAUUUUCUGAUCUUCAUGAAACUUGGUCAGAAGAUUUGUCCCAAUAAUAUCUUGUUAUCUCAGGUGAGCGACUUUGGGCCUUUCAGGCCCUCUUAUUUAUAAAUGUUAAUAGUUUCCAGAUAAAGAUUUUUAGAGCAUUUUGUUGAAUUUGUAUCAAUAUGGAGAUUGAGAUAUAUUUUCUUAUAGUAAAUAUUUUUGCCACCUUUUUUAUUUUUGGAUAUACAUUAUGAGCUGGCCCACACUUUGGUAAUCUAUAAUAAACAAUUUUCAUCCUAACUUAAGCUCAUUUCAAAGCUAAAUUCAAUUUUUAUGUUGAUAUAAAAUUGUUUUGAAUGACAGAAGUAAAAAUGAUAUGUUCAUUUCAUGUUGUAUCUGCAUUUAAGAAUUUAAUAAAGCAUUUUUCAAUGAUAAAACUUCCUGUGUUCUAACUGUUCUUAUAAUCACAUUCAUUGAUUCAAUGUGCACAUAGAUAUAAACUUCCAAAUAUGUUUAUGGAAUAUUUGAAAAACAAAAACAACAUACUGAACUAUGGUAAUUAACUUAAGUAAAACAACUUGUUGUGAAGUAAGAACUAUAACACUACAUUGAAAUCAAAUAAAUCGAAGCGCGGAAGGCAA